AUGGCUGAGUAUUUGGCCUCCAUUUUCGGCACAGAAAAAGACAAAGUAAACUGUUCAUUUUAUUUCAGAAUUGGAGCUUGUCGUCAUGGAGACAGAUGUUCCAGGUUGCACAAUAAACCAACCUUUAGCCAGACUAUUGUCCUCUUGAACAUUUACCGUAACCCUCAAAACUCUUCCCAGUCUGCUGACAGUUUGAACUGUGCAGUGAGUGAUGUCGAAAUGCAAGAACUCUAUGAUGAAUUUUUUGAGGAGGUUUUUACAGAAAUGGAAGAAAAGUAUGGCGAAGUUGAGGAGAUGAAUGUUUGUGAUAACCUUGGGGAUCAUCUUGUAGGAAACGUAUAUGUAAAGUUUCACCGUGAAGAAGAUGCAGAAAAGGCUGUCAUUGACUUAAGCAAUCGCUGGUUUGAUGGAAAGCCAAUUCAUGCAGAGCUUUCACCUGUGACUGACUUCAGAGAAGCUUGCUGUCACCAAUAUGAAAACGGAGAAUGUUUGAGAGGAGGCUUCUGUAACUUUAUGCAUCUGAAACCCAUUUCUAGAGAACUACAGUGGGAGUUGUAUGAGCGUCGUCGCAAGAAGAAUAGGUCCCGAUCAAGAUCUCGUGAAUUUCUUUCUAGAUCAAGAGAUCAUGUGUGUGGUGGUGGAGGUGGCGGUGGUGAUGGUGGUGCCAGUCUUAGUGGUGGAAGGGUGCGUGAUAGGAGGCAGUCAAGAGAUUAUGAAAGAUCUGGUAGAUACUGA